AUGGGACGAAUCACCCCUCUCACUCCCGCCGUUGCCGCACACCUUGCCUCUCUCUGGGAAGUCACGUUCACCUCUCGCCAGCUCGUCACACUUCAAGAUGGAGAUUGGACGUUUCCGCGCUCGUUCGCCGCGUGCAGGGCGCUACGCUCGCUGACCAUCGACGGUUUUUGCCUCGUCUCCGUCCCUACGGGCUACGACGGCCUGAUCGGACCGUCUGGAGCAUACCGCAGCUCACGCACCUCUACAUCGACCGGUGCACAAGCGAUCUUCGUGUGCGCUCAACUUGAGGGCCAGGAUUACGCCGAGUCCUUCAUUCGAGCGUCAGUGUCUUCCUUGCCACGCGAAUUACAUAGCUUUGCCGUUUAUCCAGAAAGCAUCGAUGUGCAAGGGGACUUCGAGUUCCUCUGCGAAGUGCUUCCUUCUAUCGCCUCCAAUCUUCUUCAGGAGAUCAUCAUCGGCCUACCAAUCCUCGACUUCCCCGAAGUUCUGUCGCUCACAUCGAUCAAGUAUGCCGCGAGAAAGCUGGAUGAUUGCCUCUCCACAGAAAAGUUUGCGACCCUCACACACGUGCAGCUCGUCAACAAGGCGUCCCAUAUGUACCUGUUCUCCCUCAAGCAAAUAGAACGGUUGCUGCCAGAGGUGUUCAAGCGGGGCAUCGUAUCUCUCGUCGAGGAUACGGAAUGGCGUAUGGGCCGCACACCGCGUCUAGGACGCUUGGGAGCCAGCAGACGGCGACUAUAUCACUAA